AUGUGUCAGAGGCAGCGCAAGCUGAAUAUUCACAGGGAUGUAGCAAAAGCAGCGAAAGAGCAGAGAGAACUCAUUGCUAUCGAACCAAACGAAGCGGCUGCAAACGCAGUGCAAGAGCAGAUAGAACUAUCUGUAAUUGGACCACAUGGUGAGGCGCAUGAACACGCCCUGCAUCGGAUAGAGCUGUCUGCAAUUGGGCCAAAGGAUGCGAGUCAACGACUUGUACAUGUACAGAUAGAAGUGUCUCCAGGUGAGCAGAAGGAUGCACCUCAAGAUGAAGUGCAGGACCAAACUCAGAGUCACAGGAUGCAGCUCAAGAACUUGUACGAGACCAAACAGAUGUAUCUGGGAUCGCGCCACGGUGGUUCAACCCAAGAACUCGAACCUGGACAGGAAGAUCUGUCUGUAAUCAGGAAGAAGAAUGGAGCUAAGGAACCAGAACAAGAAACUGCAAGACUGUCUGCAAUUGGGCCAAAGGAUGCAAGUCAAGAACUCAUUCAUGUCCAGAUAGGACUGUCUGCAAUCAGGCCUCAAGAUGCAGCUCAAGAACAUGUACAGGACCAGAUUGAACUGUCUGUAAUUGGUCAGAAGGAUGCAGCUCAGGAACCUGGAGAAGAGAAGAUGGAACUGUCUUCAGAUGGUCACGGAGGAUCAAAUGACACCUUACCACCAAUUAAUGAGUCGAUUUCGCCUAUCCGGGAAGCCAGCUGUAAAAUUCCUCCAGUGGAGAUAUCACCAGUGUUACAGCCCGCUCCUGGCGGAGCAAGUAAUUGCCAAGGCAGCUCUUCCGCUCCGCCAACACUCCUAAAAAGGAUCCUUGACGAACACGACAACUUCGCCAAAGAAUGCAGCGAAGACACACUGAUGGAUAACACCUUUCAGUUGCCGUAUAUUGCAAUCGGUUACUUCGACCAUGAUGGUGGAAGCCUGUCCUUGGGCAAGUACAAUGUCCACAUGUACAUCCCUCGUGGCGCACUUCCCAAAAAAUCACUACAGCAGGUGUACAUCUAUGUCAACCCCAAUGCGCCACCUGUGGACGGGAUCCAUCCUCCGCAGGUUGCUCUCUCACCCGUGAUCCAGUGCGGCCCGCCAGGUCUGAAGUUUUUAGACAGCGUGGUGCUGCAGUUCCCGCAUCACGCUAGCGAGAACUCCAGUUGGAUGCUUUACACCAAGAUCUGCAGCGACGAAGAUGCGGCGUACAAGGCCUGGCAUCCGCUCGACGGCGAGGAAGAUGGCAUCGUGGUGUCAACUGAAAACAAGAAGGUCGUUCUCCUGAUGAAGCAUUUUACCGGAGCAGCUCUAGUGGGCGAGCCGUCCUCUACCAGCAGUAAAAUGGUGCACGUUGGCGCGUUCGGAGGGUCAUGUACCGAAUCUGAUACUUCGUAUGCCGUGCGAAUCCACGCUUGGGACGAUGACCCGGUUGCUAAGCAGAAAGUUUUGGAUAUGGAGAAGGAACUUGAAUCCAAGCCGUUGGAUGUUUACAGAGACAUGUUAGUCCAUCACAGUCACGGAGGUGUGAUCGUUGCGCUUGAGAACCUCAAGACAGGCUGGGAAUUGGAGGAGAAUACAUCACAGAAACAAGAGAUAAGCAAGUCCAGAGUUUGGCGGUUCCCAAAGAACUCUGUGACCUUUGACAUGAGAAGACAACUGCCUCGUGCAGAGAGUGACCUAAUGCAGCUGCUUCCUGGGGCUGACGGAGUCAUAUACCAGUGUAUCUCGGAAUCCGACACAACUUCGACUGAAGAUAGAAUUCGAUUGUCGAUCCGACCAAAGCAAGGGAAAAUUGCAACGUCUCACAAGGAAGCUAGUAAAACCUGCACAGAAGAAAAGGUGAGAACGGCAAUUACAAGGAGGGUGCACGGACUAAUGGACGGCGACUACGGAGGCUUCUCAGAGGCAUUGGUUCAGAAACUUUGCCAACACUUAGAUACCGAGAAACAGCCACAACUGGACGGAACUUGCCCGGGACCUACUUGGGGAAGGUCUUCGGUCAAACGACAUCGCUCGUCAAGAAAGUCCAUCAAAGGAGACGAUCAAAGCAUGGAAAAAACCGGAGUAAUAACCGAAGCAAGCGGAAGUGUCCAACGCGUCUCUGAAAUACCUUUGCGAUCUGCACCUGGUUCAAACAGUGACGUCAGCGGAUCGAUACCGUGUCAAAUUAGUACUGAAGUAGAUGACCAGAAGCGCCUCCGUCGGCUUGCCGAGAAAUUGGGACCGGAAUGGGAGACACUGGCUACAGAGUUAGGCUGCACUAGUGAGAACCUGUUCAGGAUUAAAGAAGACAAGCGAAAUUGCGUGGUUAAUCAGAUCUUUACAAUGCUUGUGGAGUGGAGGCAGCGAGGGGGGAGGUUGGAUGAAAGCAUCUUAGCCGACGCCUUGGGGAAGGCCAAACGAUUUGAUCUGGCACAGCAGUUCCGAGAGAUGACGUCAGGAAUAAGGAGAAGACGUGUUAGUAGUAUAUCAGGACGCAGCAUAUCAGGAUGCAGUAUAUCAGGACGCAGCAUAUCAAGACUCAGCAUUAAUUUACAGUAGGAGGUAGUAGGCACAAUGAAAUAACUUGGUGAUGCUAAAAAUGUGGGU